GGAUCCACUUCUAAAAACAGCUCAACCAUCUAAAAAGAGAGGGGCAUCAGCUUCUCCAGCACCACUGGAAUCUGAAUGCUGGUUUCUCAGUUCUCCAAAAUGUGAGGGUUUGAGGGACCGCUCUGCCCCGGCUCUAUACACACCUCCACAGAGCUGCUCCCUUCCUUGGCAGGAUGCAAAACCCGACUCCAAGGACUUGCCGUCUGGUCUUUCUCCAUAUAGGAACAAACAGGAUCGCGUGAAAGCCAUACACAGUCUGUCCAGGGAACUUGUAGAAAAGGUUGAGCUGGCAACUAAGAGGCUGAAUGCAACAAGCAGGGUUCAAGACUCUGCUGACAAAAUAUCGACCCAGACGACUUGGGACCUUUUCAAAGGAUCUUCUUCUCACUCAGAGCCAGACACAUCCAAGGGCGAGCAAGACAGGACAAUGACGAUACAAAUGCUUCUGGAAGCCCCAAGUCUCAAUGAGUCGUGUGUAUCGUCAGAUAGAGAAUUUCAUGGACUGGGCAGGAUUAGCCUUGUGGGUAGCGCUGAGGGAACAACAGUCCAGGACAGACAGAAAACAGCACACGCUCCUUCGUCUGCUGGGAGUGCUGUGGGCAAAGAAUUACCAUGGAUCACCCGUAGUGCGAGACAGAGACAUCUCCUCACUGGGGAAGACCUGAGCAACACGCUGAAAGGUUUUCUGGUGGAUGAAGGCUCCGAGGUGGACAUAAGCCUAUUGCGUGAAAAGCCAAUAACCAGCCCAGUCUCUCUAUCUCACCGAUUCCUCGCUGGAAGCCCGCAGAGGGAACCCGCAGCUCCGGGGACUCGCUGCCCGCGGGAGGCUGCCCUGAACGCCCGGACUCGGGAGGAAAUCGCAGACCGAUGCCCUGCGGCCAGCCUGGGGACGCCUGGCAGCCGCACGCUGGGACCCUCUGCCCCCCUGCCCACCGGCGCGGAGGUUCAAGGCGGCUUUGAGCGGGACUUUGGUGAGGGAGACCUUAGCUGCACAGAACUGGAAGAGAAACACAGGAGCCAUCUGGGCAAUUUGAAGCAAACCUCCCUCCAGCUGGCUCACAAACUGCAGGCCCAUCAGCUGCAGCAGAAACAACUGGCAGCGCUGAGUGAGAAAGCAAAGCUAGAAGUUGAAGAAAGCCAGAGGUCUUUGAGUGACCUGCUUCAGCACAAUUUAGAGGAGUGCAGUAGCUCCAGAGCUGAUUAUUCCUCUGUGCCAAGACGGGACCAUGCAAAGCAAAAGCAGAGAAGCUCUCAAUCGGAAGGCAACAGCACAGCUGGCGAGAGCAACGGGGAGGCUCGUACGGUGAAGCAACCCGGCCCGCAAGCAGCCAGCGGGCACCGUCCGAUGGAUCCCCCCGCGGCGGGAGGCGGCCGACCCCUCGGAGGAAGGCGGCCGCGUGGCUCGGAGCUGCGGGGAGAGCGCGACGAGCCGCCGCACGGCCCUCGCACCUCGGAGCCCGCGCGACCGCCCGGGGCCCGACAUGGCGGCGAGGCAGCUGGCGCCGGCAGCCAGGGCGGCGAGGCCGGCGGGUGCCACGGAGGCGCCGUCCGCAGCCGCUUCGGCCUGGCCGUGGCGGAGCAGUGCCUGCGGGGAGAGGAGCUGCGAGGGUGCCACCAGGCCGCCCUGCUGCGGCUGCGGCGCCGGGCGCUGCGGGAGCGAGCCGCCGCGCGCCUGGCCUGGCUGGACCUCCGCCGACGCUGUCUGGAAAACCUGCAAGAUGGUAAGGGAGCCUCUGCCCUGGCUGAGAAGCAGCGCAAAAUUCUAACUGAGCUGCAACAGGAGCAGGCAGAAAUCCAGCACCUGCAAAAUAUCUACAAGGCAGCCCAUCAAGAAAGGAAGCUUUUAUUAAAGCACCAAAGAGAAAUCUUAAUGAUGCAGCGUUCAACAGCACAGCUCCAGGAAGAGCUGAAUAACUUGACUGGGAAGCAAGAGUUUACAAAGAGCCCAGCAACUGAAGAAGCAAUAAAGCAGAAGACAACGAGACUGAUUUCCUGCCCAAUGCCGUAUUCCAUCUCAGCAGAAUCUACAGCACAGUCAGAAAGGCCUGGUCUGCCAGGGAACAGAGAGAGUUGUGUCCAGCUGAAGAAUAAACAAAGCAAGAAAUAUGAGGGCCUUUCUACUGAGAACAAGAAACCCUUGGUACAACACCAGAAACAGGCAGAGGAGUCCCCAGCUUUGGAGCAGUCACUCGAUGUAGAAGCUCCUGAUGUGUCCGAAACAGUGGACAAAACACUGUGUGAUGCCACUGGUCAAAACACAGGCUCGCUCUUUAUGGUUAAAGAUCACGAAAACACAGAGCUUAAUGCUCAGGAUCAUGUUUUCUUACAUCUGGAACAUGCAAAUUCAGCUAGAAUAGAUGAAGGUAUAUCCACACCCGUUCCAAGAGAAGGCAGAAAGUAUGCACUUCCGGAAUCUGUGCUGGAGGAAAAGGCAUUUAUUUCAAGCCCAAAGCUAGAUCUUAAAAACAAUCAAGAUAUUAAUCCAUGUGACAGCAAGUUUACAGUGAAAGGCUUGGGGAUGCUUUCUACAUUGUGUAACUUAUGCCUGGUUGAGGCAGAAAGUACUCUUCAAGAAACUGGUGACAGCACAUCACCCAUAGUGGAAGACCUAGAGAAUGAUUCUCUGACAGUGGAGAAAGUGCACAGGGAGCAGAGAAGUCAUGAAGCUCGAGAAGAGCAGGACUCCAGCAGUCCAUUUCAGGCAUGUGGAAAGCUUAUAAUUUUAUAUGAACUCGCUGGAGGAGGUAAGAAACAUCUUUCUUCUGAUAGUGAAGAAGAUGGUGAAAGAGGAUCACUGCUAAUUUCAGAUGGAGCCACAGUAGUGAAAACCCAGUUAAGAAAAGAAAGGCCAUCAGAAGAGCAGAGGAUUAGCACAGACUCUAAGAGAAAGUCAGAAAUCACACAUAUAGAUGAAAAAUCACCUUUUGAAAUCUCAUUGUCACAAGAUGUUCCAGUUAAAGAAGUGGAAGUGCCUGUCCCUCAUGAGAUCAGUCAGGUGGAUGGCAGUCAGUGGUUGAAACAUUUGGACCCUAUUUCUCAUGAAACUUCUGAUGAAGAACUUGAUUUAAAAGCAUUUUCCAAGGGAUUAUCUUCCACAGAGUCAUCCUCCAAAUCAGACAACUUCUCUCUGACAGGUGGGAGUGCCAAAUCAGACUCUUUACUCCCAGAAUUUCAGAAAGUGUCUGCAAUUUGGAUUGACAUCUCAGAAAGCUCCAUUUCAGAUUCUGAAUUAGAAGUGAAGAAUGGAGAGGACACAGAUGUCGGUAUCCCAGAAGAGUUUGCCUAUGAUAAUGGUGAUGUGUUUCCUAACAUUUCAACAGAGACACUAAUAGCAGUAAAUGAUGGAAUGGAAAUGUUACCUGGUGACAAAUAUGAUGAACAAGUGCCCAAAGCUGACUGCAGUCCUGAGAUUUCAUCAUGCUGUCAGAACUCUCAGAAAUAUCCUGGAGAUGUUCCGGAUCAUGGUGAUCAUUUGCUUUAUUUCAUCCCGUCAGACAAAGGAAAUGCCUCCAAAACAAAGCCACCACAUGUCUUUCAGUCUGAUAACCCUGCCAAGGGAAUGGAUGAACCACAUUUGGAAGCCUCAGAAAACUAUGGUAGAAAUGACACCUCUUCUCAAGAGAUCUCUGAGCAGGAUAAAGAUGCAGGUACCAGCUCUUCGUACAAUGAUGAUAUUUACCCAACUAAGAAGAUCUGUGCACAGCAGGAUUCCAGUUCUACAGCUAGCAGAGUGAAAAAGGAUGGCGAACUUAACAGUAUAUCUGUGGAUCAAAACACAGAGUUAAUGGGGUUUCUGCUGACAGAUUCUUUGAAGUGUCUAGAUUUGGAUACUGACCAAUUUAGUAACACUGUCUCUUUUCCACCUGAGAGAGGUAUUACAAAUGAUAAAUUAGUAGCAUGUGUAUCCUCCAGAGAUUUAUCGGUUUCAGAAGGUGAAAAUAACCAUACACAGCUUUUGAAUGAGAAACUUUCAUCCAGCAAGCUCAGUAAAAUUGUAUCUCUGCCCACAUCCAUGCCAGGAAUUUCUGAGGAAGCCCAUAAAGAAACUGAAAUCAGUUCAUAUGAAUCUUUGCAAAGGGUGGCCACAGGAAAUCAAAAUAACUCAACAACUCAAAGGCAAGCCAUUAAGGAAAUGGGAAGGGGACUGCUUUCUUCUGCCUCCUCAAAAGAGCAAUUGUUUCAAGCUGAGAACUGUUCCUCCAAGGGUGAAGAUGAUACAAUUUUUAUUAGUGAUGAGGGUCUUCUCUCAGCUGAUGAGGAUACCUUGUCAGAAAUACUGUCUCCUGUUGAUGAAGUGCUGUCCUAUGGAAGUGCUGACUUGCCAUCCUCUAAUAAAAAGGAUUUGUCAUUUCCAAGUGAAGAUCCUCCUCCUCCUUUGGGUGUAGAUGCAAUGAAAAAUGAUGAUUCUAGCUUCAGUACGGAUGACUUCCCAUCUCCACCAGAGCAAAUGACAUUCUCAGAGACUAGACAGUGUAUGGAUGAAGAUAUAUCACUGAAAACGGAUGCAUUACCCCCAUUACCUGAUAACAUUGUGCCUGAAGAACUUCCUCUGCUCAAUCCAGAGCCAAUUGAUGUUUUUUCAACUCAGGAUGGUAAUCUCUCAGAACAAUCUUUAGUUAAAGAAGAUAUUUCCAGUGCAAAGAAGGACUUAUUAGAACACCAGCAAGGAGGAUAUGAGAUGUCUUUGCAGUGUUUGGAGUUUCUGCAUGUGCCAAAUCCUGUUUCUUCUGGUGAAGCCAGUAAAAAUACUGGGGCCAUGAAGAAACUACGCAAAACACACGUAACACUUCCCAAAGCUGAGGAGGAGAGCCACGACCCAUUAUUAUCAUUUGAAAUUGGAGACAGAGUGUUAGUAAAAAAGACACAACCUGGGACUUUAAUGUUCAAAGGACGGACUUGCUUUGAUAGUGGCUAUUGGGCUGGUGUUGCACUUGACAAAGCGGAAGGUGAUAACUCUGGAACUUACCAAGGCGUGAAGUAUUUUGAGUGUGCUCAGCACUGUGGCAUCUUUGUCAGACCUGAUCAAAUUUCACACCUGUUGGAGGCCAAUGACAAUGGUUCCAAUGACACUGAGGAUGAAGACUCGGACUCAUUCUAUGAUGAUGAAUCCUUCCAAGGAGACUGCAAAUACACUGAAGAUGAUAAGCAGGGAGCAGGAAUUACAGAGCAGAAAGCUGAAGACACAAAUAAUGUGGGAGGCUCAGAAGUGAAAGAAAAACAGUCUAGGUUACACAUUGCCUUGCUGUCUGGAACAGGGCAAAAGUUUCCAAAUUCUGGUCAGUGCAAGGGUAAUGAAUUCCUUUGUCAAAAUAAUCUAAUGUGCUUGCAAUCAGAUAAAGAAAAAACAGAACUGACACAAAUAAAACAAAGUAUACUUGCAGAUAUGCUUCCAGUGGAAAAUAAGACCAGUAACACAGAUGAGAGAAACACAAGCAAAAAUAUUUGUUGCUCGGUAGAGGAUCAGAAAAGAAAAAAACUCAUUGAUGAUAUCGCAAGUGAACUCAGUAAAAAACUUCUGUUUGACACUUUAAUUGCAUUUUCUGAAACAGCUCAACAUAAACAUAAAAGUGCCUUUGAAGAAGAAGUGAUAAAUUAUGGCAAAGGCCCACAACAAGAAGACAAUCAGAAACGGUUUCUCUUCAAAGAAAAUCCAGCUGAUAGCUUAUCUAAACAAUCAGCAAAGGUUUCUGAUGUCUUACUGUGUGGUUUUGAUAUGCUUAGCAUUCACGGUUGUCACACAGUAGCAGAAAGAAUUGUAACUAAAUUUGUAGACGAUGCACUUAAAGAAUAUAAGAAGAUUAGAAGAAAACAAGGAGCAAAAGCAGGCAAGAUAUUUCAUUUAUCUUCAGACACUUCUCCGACCACUUUGCCAUUCCUUAUAAAAAUCCUUGAUGCUGGUGUUUUUGGAAGCUCUGAAGAUUUUGAUCAGCUUAAUUCUGACCAAUGUAUUCUGGAGAGACAAACACAAAAGCAAUACUUGUACAAAUUAGAUCAGUGGCACUCAGCUCCUUGGAAGAAAACUGCAGAGGUUCCUCUUGUGGUACCACAUUACAGUUCAUCCGUUAAGAAAUUGUCUGCACAUGCUGUAGAAGAAUUAUGGACUCCAGAAAACAUGCACUCAAGUUGCAGGAGAAUCAGUGUGCCAAAGCAUUUUGAAUGUAAUGACUUCUCAGAGAACAAUUUGGAAACAGAAAGCAAGAGGAUGUAUAAUCAGAUUAUAUUUGAUUUGACCCAUGAGUUGCUAUGUGCAGAAUAUCAUGUAACUGUAAAUCCAAAUGCAUUUCCAUGGCUGAAAGAAAAUUUGGGAUCUUGCUAUUCCAGGCAUCUUUGCAGAAGAACAGAUGUCAAUGAGGUCAAGACAUUUGUUCAGGGUGAAAUUAUUAAAAUAAUGAACUUGGAAAAGAACGACUUAGAAAUGAAAAGAAAAUUCCUUAAAAUGUCCAAGUAUGGAAACUGUAAGAGAGACAGAGUGGACCUUAUUCUGAUUCAGGAGCUCCGCAAAGAAGAAUCUCAGUGGACUUACUACGAUGAUGAUGAAUUAACUGUGAAGAUGAGAAUAACUGAAGACAUAUUUGAUAGCUUGAUCCUUGACACAAUCAGAGUUCUUAAUAAGAUCUAUCUGACACGAGCCUGUGAUUAGAAGUAUUCACUAAAAGGCCCUAAUGGUGGAAUUUUAAUUUCUGUGAUUUUUAAAGCAAAGAUUGCACAAUUAAGAAUUUUAAUUUUGAACUGUAUUCCCAAUACCAGCGUGGCCUUGGGCUAAGCUAUAUGCCCAUGUUUACAAUGAAAGGAGGCUUUAUGCAGAUAGAAUGUAUUACCCUCAUGUUUAGCCUAUUUUCUGCACCAACAACUUCCUUAGGACCCCCUGUUGGCUUUAUUAAACCUCUCCAUUUCUUGCAUUGGUUAAAAUUAGCCUGGAGAUGGUUUCAGAGAUGGGCAUAUGGAAUGAUCCAGCCCCGGCAGGAUUCAGAGCCAGAGUUUCUCUUCUAAACAGAAGACACAUACUGAUAUAAUGCACUUUAAAUGGGAUACUUUCCUACCAGUAACUCUGGUUUCUGAAUUUCUGAAUACUAAAUGUGUAUAUAUAUUUAUGAAAACAAUGAAGUUCUUUAACAUGCAAUUCACAUGAGUCCUUGAAUUCUUACAACAUCUAAACAUAAGGUUGCUGGGGAUGUAUUUUUAUUGGAAAAAUGAGCAAAUCAAUAAUUCUACUUUAUUUUAUAUUGGAAAAUUGGAGAAAUCAAGAUUUUAGCAAGGAAAUAUGAAUGUUCUCUGAUCAUGCUAAUUUUUCACUGUGUGCCUCUGUGCUCCCACCCAUUUCACAUAAAGAGAAGACUAAUGAUAAAUUUUUAUUUGUUAAUGUUCUAAUAUUAUGCAAAUAUUUAUUUAUCUUGCUGGUAUUCAGAAACUGUAUAUUACUGAAUAAUUACAUUUAAGGAGGUUGAGUUUAUUCAAAUCCUGUUCAUUCAAGGCAUCUUUCAAAUCAACAUAAAAGCAGGGUAAUUACAUUUAAACUAAAUAUAAAUUUAUAUUUAAAAUCACAAUAUAUACAGUCUGGUUUUGGCAAAAAAAAGCAGAAUGUAAAAGGAUUUUAGGUUUCUAUUUUUAAAUAUUGAGGGCUGAAAUAACUGUUUUCAUAUGGAAUUGUUUGUUUUCUGAAUAAACAAAAAAUGCAUCUUU